AAGCAGAAUUCUAUCUUUCCAGAGGGCUUUGGCAGAGACAGUUUGGGGCUGCCAACUUUAUCCUAAAAGUUGACUCAAAUUCUAAGCAAUGCAGUUUGAAUUAUCUCGAGCUCGAAUCCAAAGCCUCACAUUUUCGCCUUAUGAUCUCGACGUUCGAAUUGAUCAAUGCGUCCAUCAUAUGGUGAUGAAAACGAUGUCUGCGGUGCAAUAUAAACGUAGCGGACUGCACCAGAGGUCGAGAAACCUAUUGGUCGUGCUAAAGGCUUUUGCAUUUUUUUUUAGGACAAUUGGAGUAUAUGAAUGAAACGCUAUCGGGUACCAUAAGGACCUCUGCCUCUUCGCUUGUCCACCCUGAUCAUUUACAAUGUAGGAAAG